UGCAGAUGUACUAAGACUGCAUUGUCUGCGCACAUUGUUCGAGCAUACCUUGUUCCGCACAAUUACUUGUAUUGCUAGCACCGGCAGGCACGUGAUCGUCUUUGCAGUGAAGCGGGUGCAUACAUGAUGCGCCAAGCUUGUGACAACUUGCGGAGUUGAACAUUUGAGCGCUCUUAAGGAUCAGAAGAGCAAAGAAAAUUUAUGCGGGUAAAUCAAGAUGCACUCAUUGCUUAUGGUGCUCGGCAGCUGUGUGUUCCUGGUCUUUUUCUCCGUGCAGGGAGAUGCUGCAGAAGGUCCAUCUACUACCGAACAAGUGCUGCCCAAAAACACGACCGAUGGGCCGAGUGCGGCAGGCUCUGCAGGAACGCGGGUACUUCCGCAAGGUUCAUCUACUGCCGAACAAGUGCGGCCCAAAAAUACGACCGAUGGGCCGAGUGCGGCAGGCUCGCCAGGAACGCGGGUACCUCCGCAAGGUCCAUCUACUACCGAACAAGUGCUGCCCAAAAACACGACCGAUGGGCCGAGUGCGGCAGGCUCUGCAGGAGCGCGGGUACUUCCGCAAGGUCCAUCUACUGUCGAACAAGUGAGGCCCAAAAACACGACCGAUGGGCCGGGUGCGACACGCUUGGCAGGAAAGCGGGCACCUCAGAAAGCUGCCGUUACCGCAGUGAAUAUAACGCAGAAGGCGCAAGCAUUCAUUGACGUUAUGAAUAGGACAUGGCACGAUAUUUCGUCCUGGGGUAUGACUUCACAGUACUCUUUCUGGACCGGCAAGCACAAUCUGCAUAGAGAGCGCCCAAUUUCUGCUCACGCUGGAGUCUUCGAGUGCGACAAUGAGAUGUCAGACGACUUCGACGAUGACGUCAAGAUGGCUGUUUUUGCCUGGUAUAUUCCCCAAAAAAUAUGCAGCCCUGUACCCAUUUAUGUGAACGUUACAGUUGCUGAAGUCUCAAACGGAGAACUUGUUGAGAAAAAUAUGGCUUUGAACUUCAAUGAUAGGAACAUAAUAAAAAGAAAAACACCGCCUAAGAAGAGAAGACGCCGAACUAAAGGCCUUAAAAAAAUCGUUGAGAUGUGUAAAUUCACAGUGAACGUCACAUUCCACGGCUGGUUUGCGUACGAAACAGAUAACGAAGUGACCGGCAGCCGCUACUACUCUGUUGGUAUCGGCGUGCUUCAAGACAAGGCAAAUGGGCUCAUCAGAAGAAAGCACAACGUGUUGUCAUACACUAUAAAAGGGUUGUUUCAACGAACAGUAUUUUUGAAAAAGUCCUAGCAUACUUUAUUGCAAUAAAAUAAAUCACAGGGUUA